CAGUGCUGGCACAUUUUCCCCCAUCUUACUUCGUCGAUGUUAAUGUUAAUGCCUUUUUAUCAUGCUUAUUCCAUCCUUGCAGAAAGCCGACAUCGACUUUACCUGCAUCUCGACUCACGUGACAGCUACGAAAUCUAACUUGGUCAAGUGUAAAGGUGGCAAGGGCAAGAACAUGGCAGAGCUUAGAACUUGGAUGGAAACUCUUACGGGCAUGGAGGAUUACUCCGACAAGAAAUUCACCAGCUUCGUAGAAAACAUCAACGACAAGUUCAUCGACAAGCUAAUUCAUAACCUGGAGGAGCGAUUCCAAGAUUCCGAAAUCUUGGAAUUGUUCCAAGCUUUCAGGCCUGGUACUGAAGACGAGGAGCCGAUUCAGCCCUUUAACGACGAUCUUGAGGUGUGUAAUAUUUGUUCCUUGCUCGAUAUCAAUUAAAGUUAGGCGUCGUUUGUUUUAAUUCUGCUAUUUUGAUCCUCUCAGUAUCAAUACCGCAACCAAAAAAAAAAAAUAUUGUUAACUUUAUCAGGAUCUUACGGUUCUGGAGCGACGCCGCGACGGGGUAAAAAAGUUCCCUUUCAGUUCAAAACAGAUGACUCGUGAUAUGAUACAUGAUUAUAAAAUUAGAAAACGCUCGGUGAUGUUAUCUGUUUCUUCAAUAAUUGCAGACACUCUGCCAACACUUCGACGUUGACUUUCAGCAGGCGG